AUGCGUUUUGCCAGUGCGGUACCCGUGGCCUUGGUUGGUCUAGCGUUUGCCUCUGCGGAAGAUGACGGGGGAAGCAGCCGACAGAAGCGGUUAGCGGUUCUCUGCCCGCCUGUCGACAACGAAUCGGACGUUGGGCAAUUGCCCGCAACCUGCUCGCCCGGGGAGAUGACGACCAACGUAGACCUGUUGGUUUUCGAGGGGUCCGCGUUUGAGAUUGCUUUUGCAGCAUCCCGAGACCGGAAUCAUUGCUUCGGAAACGUGCUGAUAAUCCGCUCAUACGCUGACAAGGAGGUAAGCGCGAAGCUGUCCACAGGUUGUUGCUUUGCUGGCCUGUGA